AUGUAUCUUCCUCUUCUCUGUCUUCUGCUUCUAUCUUCUUGCUUGACACAUCAAGCUUAUGCCCGUGGUCGUGGCCGGUCUCCACCAGACGGAAGCGUGGACCCUUCUUCCCGCAUCACAGUUGUCGGAGUUGUCUACUGUGACACGUGUUCUAUCAACACUUUCUCUAGACAGAGCUACUUCUUACAAGGCGUGGAAGUUCAUGUGAGCUGUAGAUUCAAAGCGAGCUCACCAAAAACAGCAGAGGAAGUGAACAUAUCAGUGAACAGAACAACAAACAGAAACGGCGUUUACAAGCUCGAGAUCCCUCACGUCGACGGCAUCGAUUGCGUCGACGGAAUCGCCAUAGCCUCUCAGUGCAGCGCCAAGCUACUCAAAACCUCCGACGACAAUGUCGGCUGCAACAUCCCCGUUUUCCAAACAGCGACCAACGAAGUCUCCGUCAAAUCGAAGCAAGAUCGGGUCUGUAUCUACAGCUUAAGCGCGCUCAGCUACAAACCUUCCCACAGAAACACCACACUCUGCGGCGGCGGUAAGAGACAUCGCCGGCGAGAGAAAGAGGAGGAGGAAAAAGAGAAGAAAUUUAGAGAAUCGAAAUUCUUCUGGCCUUAUAUGCCACCGUACUGGUUCCCUUGGCCGUCGAAUCUGCCUCCGUUGCCGACUCUUCCGACGCUUCCGUCUUUCCCUUUCCCUUCUCUGCCUUUCGGAAACCCAAAUCCGGCAUUGCCGGCGUUCGAUUGGAGAGAUCCCAUGACUUGGAUACCUUAUCUUCCUCGUUUCCCUCCCGGCGAUCACAAUCCUUAG